ACAGCCUCAUUGCACCGAAAUGGAGCUGACGAACUGGUUCUCGUUCGACGGAUUCCAGAAGUACAAGACCAAGUCCGUGUUUCCCAAGAAUUUGGUGCACGGCGGCCUCGAGGUAGACGGCCACCCGAUUUACGUCGCCAGGACCAACCACGAGGGCAACGUGCUGCCAGGGUACUCGUACAAAGGGGUCGGCUACUUCGUGUUCGAGAAGGACGUGGUGGUCAAGCCUUUGGACAAGUGCGACCUGCUCUACGGGGACAACAUCAAGUUCAAGUCACGCAACGAGGUGUCCUUUUUCCACCCUCACACGACCUUCGUCCAGGCGGGACACACCGUCCUAAGGGAACCCCUUUUCGUCGGAUCUUUCAGUAUCAACGGAACCUUCUACUGCGGACAGUUGAUGCGCAACGGAGUUUGUGCCAUCGCUUACGACGGGUUAGUUUACCUCAACGACACGCCGCCUUACAUUCUCACGUUCAACUGGCCGACUACAGCCAUUAUUAAAUAGAAAAACGGAACAUUCGGCCGCUCUUAAUUUGUCUGU